AGUGACAUUAUGAAUUAUGAUUUGGAAUAUUGAGAGGUGAAGCUUUGAAAUUGGCUCCUAAAAUUUAGAGCAUGCAACGAAGAACUAUAUCCCAUAUAUCAAAAACACAACGUCCUUCUUUCUAUCAUUUUCAUAUAUUUUUUCCCCAAACCAUUCAGAAUAUCAAUAACAACAAGUUUUCCGUUUCCUUUUGGUGGUGCCCGCGGCGGCGCACAACGGUGCAUUCAUGGCUGUGUUCCGCCUUUAACGACCAAACCAAGCGGCUGCCGGUGCUGAUUCCGGUACCGGCGAGGUGGAUCUAGAGCGGUUCACGGAAUCCAUUGCUUCGCCUCGAUUCACAAGUACAUAAGCCCAAAAAAAAUAAAAAUUAAUGCUUGUGUAAAUAUAUAUACGCACACAUUAUACUCAGCUAGGAUUAUAAAUCCUAGAUUCGCCGGAUCAUGAAAAGGAGUGAUAGCAUGAUUGCUGUGGCCAUAGACAGAGACAAAAAUAGCCAACAUGCUGUGCGUUGGGCGGUUGAUAACCUCCUUGUAAAGAAGAAUGGCGAAAUCCUCCUUAUACACGUUCAUCUCCAUAACGAAAAUCUCAAUUCCCAAAGCACAGUUGCUAGUCAUUCUCCCACAAUGGCUGAAAUGCAGCAGUUCUUCCUUCCUUAUCGUGGAAUUUGUGCUCGAAAAGGGAUUCAGGCACAGGAAGUGAUUCUCCAGGACACUGAUGUUGCACAAGCACUAACCGAGUAUAUAUCUCAGAAAUUCAUCACCACCAUCGUCUUUGGUGCUUCAACCCGGAAUGCCCUUACAAGAGCAUUUAAAAUUCAAGAUGUGCCAAGCUCUUUAUCCAGAUCUGUGCCUGAAUUCUGCUCAAUCUAUGCCAUAUCAAGGGGGAAAGUUCUAAAACUUAAGUCAGCAAGUCAACCUGCCACUCCUAGCAGUAAAGCAAGCUCCAGCCAAACAGGAUUCUCACACAAUUCCCCAAUUUCUCGAGGUCAUAUUCCCCAGGGGAGUUGGGGAAGUAUUGGGACCUUUGAACCUAUUGAUGCUGGCAGCCGGAGCAUAUCUUCUGAUAGCAGUAGUGCCUCAGAUAGGCAUCCUGCAAGUCAGGGUACUUCACCAAAUUACAGCAGUGCUAGUGAGCGUACACCAAAGGCAUGGUCGGACAGCCAACACAGCAGCAGGAAUCCUUCACCUGAUCGAUCUGUCAGCACUAUCGGUGAAGUAUUUAAUAAAAUUCAACUAACGAGGCAGCCUGGCUGCAAGAAUCUUACUCCGAUCCCAUCGUGGGGCAAUAGUGGUGAUUUUGGUGAAUGGGCACCACCCACAGAGCUAGUUGGAAGUAGUGAAAAUUCCUCCCAGGCUUUUAUGAAUUCAAAUAUGGAUACUACUAAAAUACUACAUGAUAGACAUCUUGGUAGCCUACUACCUCCAUCCCAGCACAAAGUCAAUAACCUAAAUCUUCGCAUGCGCCCUAAAGAGAAUUCAUUCUACUCUACAUCUGGUUCGAGUAAUCUUUCAAGCUCCUCAAGUUACCGUUUCUCUGAUAUGUCCUUUGAGCAUUCGGACUCUUCUCAUAAUGUUUCAGAUGCUUCUAGGUGUUCCAUCUCCUCCCAAAAUGCAGUAAGUUCAAAUAUGCUCCCCAUUGUAGUUAACACAGAUCAACUGGCUAUUCUUUCCUCAUUUUUACAUGCAAUACAGGAUGAGUUGGAGGAGGAAAUGAAAAGGCUAAAAUUUGAACUGAAGCAAAGCCUGGAUUUGCACAAUGGAAUCUGUAGACGACAGGCAAGAGAGAUUGAUCGUUCAACGACAAAAGAGACAUGCAACUUAGAAGAAGCCAAGGAGGCCCCUGAGGCUUCACAUGCUAUGUUGGAAAAGGAGAAGCAAAAAUGCAAAGCUGCUUUAGAAGUAGCACAGAUGGCACAACACAUGGCAGAAUUGGAAUCUAAGAAGCGAAAGGGUGUAGAAAAGAAAUUUCGGCAUGAAGCAGAAGAGAAGAAGAAAGCACAAGAUGCAUUUGCCGGCAGUGAAAAUUGCUAUAGGAGAUACUCAACAGAUGAAAUUGAAGCUGCAACAAACCACUUCUCCAAUUCACAGAAGAUUGGUGAAGGUGGAUAUGGUCCUGUGUACCAAGGCUAUCUGGAUCACACUUCAGUUGCUAUUAAGGUUCUAAGGUCGGACAUCACGCAGGGGCAAAUACAGUUUCAGAAAGAGAUUGAGGUUCUAAGCCGCUUGAGACAUCCAAAUGUGGUUCUUCUCUUGGGAACAUGUCCGGAGUAUGGUUGCCUUGUCUAUGAAUGUAUGGAGAAUGGCAGCUUAGAGGAUAGGCUGUUCUGCAAGGACAAAAGUUCUCCUAUACCAUGGCCUGCUCGUUUCAGGAUAGCUGCAGAAAUUGCUGCUGCUCUUCACUUCUUUCACCGAACAAAACCAGAACCCAUCGUGCAUCGAGACCUCAAACCUGCUAAUAUUCUCUUGGAUGCUAACUACAAAAGUAAGAUUAGUGAUGUUGGCCUAGCCAGAUUAGUUCCAGCGUCUGUCUCAGGCAGAUUCACUCAGUGUCUCAUGACAUCAGCUGCUGGGACAUUUUGCUAUAUUGACCCAGAAUAUCAACAGACUGGGAUGCUGAAUACAAAAUCAGACAUUUACUCUUUGGGAAUCAUGUUAUUACAAAUAAUUACAGCAAGGCCUCCAAUGGGUUUGACGCACCAUGUUGAGAGGUCAAUUGAAAAAGGAAAGUUUGAUGAUAUACUAGAUCCAUCAGUGAGUGAUUGGCCCUUGGAGGAGGCGCUAUCCUUUGCUAAAUUGUCUCUGAAAUGUUGCGAACUCAGGAGGAAGGACAGGCCAGACCUUGGUUCAGUCAUAUUGCCUGAAUUGAAACGACUAAAAAACAUUGCAUUAGACUACAGACCUGGAGGUCUGCUCACUUUACGUCCCUCAAGUUCACAAGAGAGCUUAGCAGUGAGUGAGGAAGUAAGAAACAGCAUUUCUGACAGUCAAUCAGAUAAAGCAGCAUAACUGCUCUUGUACCUAUUGACAAGGUGAUACCGCUGGUCACCACCUCAGUUUUCAAGCAUAUUUUGGCCUCUUCAGUCCAGAAAAUCUGUGAAUACUAAAUGUACAGAGAUACAAUAUAUAGUCACCAUCACAGCGCCCCGUUGUAAAUUUGGAAACAGGGAAAUACUUUUUUGAUUCCAGUGAAUGUCAAAGUAAAUGGAAUUCUUGUACAAAAACUGAUAUUCUAAUG